AACAUCUUGUUUUAGCGACACCACCCACUCCUCAAUUCCCAACAUACCUGGCAAGGAAUUCGGGACAUGGUUUUCCUUGGUGAGGCGAGAACGACAUGGGUGUUAGAGCUGUUGGUGAUCCUGCUAACGGUAUGCAUCGCGGCGGUGCGAGGAGAAGCGGUGACCGCUAAUGGUGGAAAGGGACGUUCGCUGCUGGGAUUUCGAGAGACACUUGGUAACGUCUCCUUCCAGUGCUCUCCCGCUGGCCCUUGUAUCCCGUGUGAAUACUCUGAAAAGAAUGAUGAAAAAUAUCAUUGUAGUGAGACCGGGUAUCGCUUGCCCUUAAAAUGUGUAGAAAGUCAAGAUGGUUCUAAAGAAGUAUCUCGAAGUAAAAACCGAAGAAAGUUGCUCUUUCAAUCAGACAACAUGGCUGGUUCAGUUACUGUAAGGAACUUAAAGUCUAGAAAGCUCACGGAUGAUUCUUCUGCAUCAGAAAAUGUGAAACAGAGUUAUACUACUUAUAGAAGUUGUAUACCAGUAGAUAGUGAAGAAAAAUUGUCUGUUCUUGGUUUUGAGCUUAUUAUGGUGGGCCUGUUACUUAUUAGUGGCCCAGUUGUAUAUUUGAGACAAAAGCGUCCGAUCUUCAUUCUGGGUACUGGAGCCACCAGAAUUCCAACGAACUCUCCUAGAUUUUAAUGCAUUAGUUUGAAAUGUGUUUCACUGUAUGUUUGG